CUAAACACUCUAAAAUUUCAAUUUGAUUUUGAUUCUAUUCUUUCAUGUAAACGAGAUCAAUUAAUACAAUGGAUUCAAAUUUUGUGUCUGACCCACCGAAACAACCUUUCAUCAAAAUACGAGUAAUUGUUUGUGUGGCCGCUUUCUUUAUAAAUAUCAUAUUCUGUUCCUCCAAAAUGACCAUAGUCGUAUCAUCGGUCUCUAUAGUACAUUCACAUACUCGAUCAGAGUCAUUGAAAAAUGAAGUCACCAAUGCUGGGCUGCAGGACAAACUUAACAGUCGCAAAAUCGAUACAGAGUCUAAUUUUAAAUGGACUCAAAGUACCGUUGAUAGGUUGAUUUCAAUAAUGUUUUGUGGAGGUUUGUUUAGUCCUAUUCCGGCUGGUCGAUUGGCUGAUAGAUUGAGACCAAAGCGAAUUGUAUUGGCAAGUUGUCUCACGGCUGGAGUCUCAAUGUUAUUAUUUCCUUGGGCUGUUAGAUGGAAUGUCUAUGCCGUCUGUGCUCUAGCUUUUGUCAUCGGAUUCUUCUUAGGUCCUGGACUAUCCAGUUACAGUGGUUUGGCCUCUCGUUGGUCACCCAAAUAUGAAAAAACUUUAUUCAUCACAACCAUAUCUUCGGGUGCAAUGAUAGCCAUGAUAUUAACAGGUCCAUUCGUUGGUUACUUAUGUAGUCUCAACUAUCUUGGUGGCUGGCCUUUACCAUUUUAUAUUUUAGGUUCAGGCAACAUUUUUAUGGGACUUUUGUGGUUUAUGAUUGUUACUGAUGAACCAGAAAAGCAUCCAUUAAUAAGUCAAGCAGAGAAAGAAUAUAUACUCAAAGAACGGUCAACGAUAAACGAUAAAAUUAAUUCAAAUAAUCCUAUUCCAUGGGUACAAAUGUUCCUCUCAGGUCCUGUUUGGGCUUUGAUUUUUGUUCACUUUUCUCAUGGUUGGUAUAGUGCUGUGAUUGCCACCCAAAUUCCAGAAUUUUUCAAAUCUUUGUUGAAGAUAUCAAUGACACAGGAUGGUGUAUAUGCAGCUUUACCUUACGUUGGAUCAUCGAUUUCAUUAACUAUGUUUAGUUAUUGUUCAGAUAAAUUACGUGAGAAAGGUAUAUUUUCAACUACAGCAAUCAGGAAAAUAUGUGCCGAUUUCGGCUUCAUUUUCGGACCAUUGUUUCUCGUAGUGUCAACCCUAGUUGGCCACAAAACGAAAGCAGUGAUCACUUGUAUUGUACUCGCCAAAACAUUAGCCGCUGCACAGAUUGCUGGUAGUUAUGGUGUUCACCUAGAUUUAGCACCAACCUAUUCUGGUUUAUUGGGUGGUUUAAUUGAUAGCAUGCACAAUUUUGGCGGUAUGAUAAUGAAUCAAACAGCUUAUUACUUAGUUGGUGAUCACCCUGAUCUCCACCAUUGGUCAAACCUUUUUCUGGUAACCACAGCUAUUUGUAUCAUAGGGACUCAUUAUUUUGCUCUAUUGGGUUCAUCUAAGCUUCAACCGUGGGAUCCAACAUUUGAAUCAGAAGAGAAGGCUUUUGAUGAUGACCAAAAUGGACAAUUAGCUGCUACAACAAUUUACGAUCCAGAAGUGUAUAUCCUUGACUCAGCAUCAGGUUCAAUGAUUAAUAGGAAAUAUUCAAGACCUUCACUGUCUCAGUAAUGAUAAUAUUAAUAUUUAUCAAAGUUGUCCUCCACCAAAAAAAGGAUAAUUCAAUGAAAGGAGGCAAAAAAACAACCAAUAAUGUCAACAUCAAUUAAGUCGAUGCAAUCUGUGAUUCUAAUGUACAAAUAGCUCGUCCGAUAUUACAAUUAUAUUGAUUUCGGUUAAAUUGACAAUCUUGUUAAACUGUUGAGUCUUCUGAAUCUAUUAAAAUGUAUCGAUUGAAUUAAA